AUGGAGCUCAUCAACGUGCUCAGAAUCUUAGCUGCGGCCCUAUUUCUACACAUGAUUCACGCGCUUUAUGCGUCAUGGCAUUAUUCCCGCAAGGCUCGUAGCUUGGGCUGUCUUAAUCUCCCCCUUUUACCUUCCAUGGAUCCGAUAGGCGUCACGCACUUGUUGCAGUCAUUAUCCGCUGAUAGAGUGAAGCUCUUGCCAGAGUUAUUCGAACGCAGAUUUCGGACUAUGAGUGAGCUGCAGAAAGGAUACGUCUCCACGUUUAUGAUACGUAGCCUGGGACAACACAUUGUCAUCACGGCCGAUCCGAAAAACAUUCAAUCACUACUCGCUACACAAUUUUCGAACUUCGAGCUUGGUAGUGUUCGACGGGAUAGUUUGUGUCCGCUCUUGGGUAAUGGAAUAUUCACGGCUAAUGGAGAGCAAUGGUCGCACUCACGCGCUCUACUCCGGCCUCAGUUUACGCGCAAUCAGAUCAGCCAGCUCGACCUAGAAGAGAAACAUGUCCUCAGAGCUAUGGACGCAAUUCACGUUGGUCCCACAGGAUGGACUACCAGUACAGAUAUCCAGUGUAUCUUUUUUCGGUUGACUUUGGAUACUGCAACAGAGUUUUUGUUUGGUGAAAGUGCCGAUAGCCAACUACAUUAUUUGGAAGGUCGCCAAUGCCCAGAAGUCUCUUUCGCCUAUUCAUUCGAUGAUUCGCAAGCUGUAUGUGCUCAGCGUCUUCGAUUUGGAUGGGUUGCUUCCUUGUUGAACUGCCUAAGAGCCCGGCAAUCAGACAGGGAGGUCCAUGCAUUUGUUGAUAGAUUUGUGCAUAAGGCACUUCAAUCCCAGCGAGAAGAAGCCAAUAUCAGACACGCUGACAAGACGCGAUACGUCUUUCUCGAUGCAUUGGUUGCAGAAACUCAGGAUCCCAUAGAACUAGGCUCGCAGUGUUUGAACAUUCUCCUCGCAGGGGCGCGAUACCACUGCUUCACUUCUGAGCUGGACCGUUCUGUUAUUGGCGCGCCACUCGGCGGUUUUCAACAAACUCCGAGAAGAAAUCAUUCAAAAUUUUGGCACCUAUGGCUCGCCUCGGGAUAUAAACUUCUCCUCAUUAAAGUCAUGCCAGUUUUUGCAAUUUUGCCUGAACGAGUCACUUCGUCUGUUCCUGUGGUCCCAUUCAACCGCCGUUCGGCUGUUUCAGACACAGCAUUGCCACAUGGAGGGGGCGCAGACGUACUCACGUCAUGCACCGUCGCAAGGACAUUUGGGGAUCUGACGCUGAUAGCUUCGAUCCGGAGCGAUGGCGUGGACGGAAAGUUGGGUGGGAGUAUCUUCCUUUUAACGGGGGGGCCACGCGUCUGCAUUGGACAGCAAUUUGCCCUCACUGAAGCAGGAUAUACUCUGGUUCGUCUGAUACAGCGUUUCGAUCAAAUUGAGGACGUUUAUCCUGAGCGCCAGAUUCGCUACGGCCUAAGCUUGACAAGUUGCCCGGCGGACUCAGUGACUGUACGCAUGCACCAAGCGUAG